AUGUCCGCCCCCACCGAGCCCACUACUGCCACCGCUCCCACCGCGGAGACUGCUCCCGUUGUUGACGUUGUCAAGGAGGAGGCACCCGCCCCCGCCGCCGUCGCUGAGGCUACGCCUGCCGCUGCUGCGCCUGCUGCGCCCGCUGCUACGGAGGAGGCUGCCAAGCCCGCCACCACCGAGACUCCCACUGCCGCUGCCGCUGCCCCCGUAGCAGCUGAGGCUGAGCCCACCAAGGACGCUGCUCCCGUGGCCGAGGCGACUACCCCCGCAGCUGCCAAGACGGAGGAGAAGGCCCCCGCCACCCCCAAGAAGGAGAAGCGUCAGAGCAUGAUCAACCGCCUGCUCAGCUUCCUGAAGGAGAAGAGCCCCAAGAAGCCUGAAGAGAAGAAGACCGACGAGGCCGCCACCAAGCCUGCUGAGGCCGCCAAGGCUGACGAGACCAAGCCCGCCGCUGCUGCUGCUUCCGAGGAGGCUCCCAAGGCUGACGAGACGGCCGCUGUCACGCCCGCCGCUGCUGAGGAGACUGCAGCCACCCCUGCCGCCGCUACUGCUACGGAUGAGGCCAAGCCCGCUGCUGCCACCGAGGCAGCUGAGGGCGACAAGCCCGCUGAGGGAGUCAAGAUCGCCUCGGACGCAAAGAAGGAGGACUCGCCUCAAUCCCCCGCAGCCAACAAGGAGAAGCUCGGUCGACGUCUCUCUGCUCGUAUUGGCGGUCUCUUCCCCAAGCAAGGCGCCAAGAAGGCUGAGACUCCCGCUGCUGCUGAGGAGAAGGCCGCUGAGGACAAGGCGCCUGCUGCUGCUGCUGAGGAGAAGGCGGCUCCCGCUGCCGAGGACAAGGCUGCCGAGCCCGUCAAGCCCACCGAAGUAGAGGCUGCCGCCCCUGCCAAGCCGGCCGAGGCUGCCCCCGCCGCUUCUGCGCCCGUGACCGCUGCGGCGUAA